AUGAGUGUCAAAAAAGUGAAUGAAAUUUAUGAAUAUGCAUCAGAUCAAUGUCUUGGCUCAAGUAAUGCUACAGUGUUUCUUGGGAGAAACAAGAUUACAAACAAACGUGUGGCUGUAAAACGGAUCGUAUAUAGAAACAUGGGGAGACCAUCCAAUGAGUUUAAACUAACAGAGAGAGAGUUUCAACUCAUUAGGCCACUCGACCACCCAAACGUAUUGCAAUACUUGGACUAUGCGCGGGAUGAGAGUGGUCAAGUAAAGACACACGAAUAUAUUGUUAUGGAAAAUAUGCCCAAUCUGUCACUAGAUACAUUUAUACUGAAAAACCCUGCAUUGUAUAAAGACCAAUUACUAUUAGUCCAACAUAUGAAACAGGUACUAGAGGGUGUACAAUAUAUUCACAACAACAAUAUCAUACAUCGUGAUUUAAAACCAGAAAAUAUUCUAGUUUCUCAUGAUUACAUUUUAAAAAUUGCUGAUUUUGGAAUGAGUAAAUUGGAUGUAGGAGCAAGAUCAAUUUCAACUCAAGGAGGUAGUAUAAUAUAUAAUGCACCUGAUCGUUUAUCAGGAACAUCAAAACAGACAGAUUUGUGGAGUAUCGGGAUCACAUUUUUAUAUAUGUGUUUGAGUGCUACCACCAGUGGUCAAGAAGUUGUUAGAUCAUCUUUUCUGCCAGAUAUAUGCUUUCAUUUAAAAUCAAUCCAAGAAAAUAGAUCCGUUUCACAUAUUAAUGGUUUUAAUAAUAUACCAAUGAUUUACUUGCAAUUAAUAGAUAAAUGCUUGUCAGGAACAUCAAAUAUUGAACAUAUUCUUUCUCAAGCUCCUUUUGUUUCAAGAGAGUAUGCACAUGAGUAUGGACACGAGUAUGGACACCAGUACUAUGGAAACCAAAUUUUGGAUGAUAAUAUAUGCUCAAAUGGUGGUGGCCAACAUGAUUAUUCAGGAACCAAGGUUGAAAUAGUAAUGGAUUAUUCGCAUCGUGGAGGCUGGGGAGGCUAUUAUCAAGGACAUCAAUGUUGUCGAGGUUGUAAGGGAAGACCUUUCUGUCCUGGAGGUUGUAAAUGUAAACAUCCUAAAAAGACUAACAAUAUAGUUGCCUACUAUUGUAUUGGAUGUAAUAAAAUUAAAAAUUAA